AUGCCCCGGCGUCGGCCCAGCUCCUGUGCCCAGCAGAUGGCGCCCGAGGGGCUCCCCGGCGGUGGCGAUCGCAGACGGAGAGACCCGCUGCUGCCGAGGCUGCUGCUGCCGAGGCUGCUGCUGCCCGAGCUCCGAGCAGCCUCUGGCGCGGGGGCCUCCGGGGGCUCCAGGGCUUCGGAGGGCGGCGCCGAGUGGUGGGAGGCCCCCGCGUGUGAGUCCUCGCCCUCGGAUCCCGGGGUGGGCGUCAGCGGGCGGCCCGGAACCGACCAAGGGCUGAGGUCGCUGCUGCUGCCGCCCACGCUCUUGGCCGGCGAGGCCCGGAACCGGCGCCCCGGGCCUGGACAGUGCGAGGAACCCCGCAGGGGCUCGGCCAGGGAGAAUCCCGACUCUUUGGGCGACCUCCUAGGAGAGUUCCUCCCCGGCCGGUCCCAGCAGUUCCUGCGCCAGCUCAGGGCUGAGUCUGCGAAGCAGCCGCGACCACCGACAUCCUCACCAUCACAACAUCAAAGGGGUGUGUCAGAACACUCUGGAAGUCCUCCGCAGUGUCCCCACUACUCCUUCCUCCCAGACCUGGGGGGCCAGUCAUUGUACUUCAAGAAGAGUCUUAAGAAGAUUUUGCUCCAUCAGAUACCUGCCCUCUCCUUCAGGAGAGAUCACUCUCAAUUCACCACGGUCGAGAAGACCAAUCAGCCCCACACUACACAGGCCCCCAAGCUCAAGGCCGUGCUCACCCACAGCUCCUCGGGGGAAGGCUCAGGGCACUGCAGGCGGUGUUGCCCUUUCUGCGUGCAGUUUGCAGAUGAGACGCUACGGUACACAGCGCUCCGCUACUGGGAACACAGCUGUGCAGUCCGGCAGGGCAUCCUCGAGAACAGGACAGCCAGCGGGUCAGCAGCAUCGGAGCAGGUGUUCGGGAGUGUCGGGAGAUGGCUGGAGAGUCUGCCCAAAGCCCUGUAUCCCAGGGCCAAGGAGGACACCACAGCCAACUCAUUCAGCUGGGACUCCCGUGGCCUGUCCACCCUGGAGCCGAAGGACCACCUCUCUGAGGACACCUCUCUGAACAGCAGCCUGCCCUUCAUCCCCAGGCCCACCACCUAG